CACAGCUUCGUGUAAGUUGAAAUUAAUCAUGAUCGGGUCCGUUCAAGUGGUAGAAAAAAGCAUAUGCAGCCCUCGAGCCAAAAAUAAUUUUGUUUGAGGUUUGUAUCUAUACCACCAGACCACUCGUUACUUUCUGUCAGAAUAACACCAAUAGUUGAUGCAUCACUUGUAGUUAGUAUAUUACUUGCAUUCAUUCAUUGUCCUUCACAGUGCCACACAACAAGCAAGAUAACUAUUUUAGAAUUGCUAUUUUAGAGUCAAUACAAGUAUCUUCACCAAGCCUUGGUCCAUACAUUGACUCUUGAUUGUCCGUUGAUAAGAAGAGAACACUUCAGUGAAUAAAUGGAGAAAUCAAGUAAACAGACGAUACAGAAGCAGUUUGAGAAAAUGGAAUUGAGUCAUGAGUACAAGUCGGAUAAGGAUUUAAAAGCCAUUGCAAUGAAUCGGCUGCUGACAAAAAAGAACAGAAAACACGCGGAUAUACCAGGUGAUCCCAACAGACCGCAUCUUAAUAUGUUUUUGAAAACAGGCGAAUCUAAUUACAUCAAUGCGAUAUACAUCAACAGUUUAAAAACAAAAGACCGCUUCUUGGUUGCGCAAACACCUAUGCCGACCACAAUUGCUGAUUUCAUUGCACUUGCUGUUCAAGAAACCUGUUCCUGUAUCGUUAGUAUGGAGGCACACUUGGAAAAGGAUAAGGGGAUUGGCUUGUACUUUCCUGGUGACAAUCAGACAAUGAAGAAGGGUAAGGUUUCUGUACGAACCACCACAGAUCAAAGUACAAGCCACUGUGUGAAAAGCAAAGUGCAUUUCGUACUGGAAGGAAAAACCAAGAAAGAUGUGACGAUUCCACACUAUGAAUAUUUGGAAUGGGAUACAAAACACAAUGUUCCGAAGUCUCCAGAACUCUUUGUUGCCUUCAUCAAAGAGGUUGAAGACGCAUCUAAAGCAUCUCACUUGAAGGGACCGAUACUGUUGUACUGUCUAAACGGUGCUGGAAAGAGCGGCCUUUUUUGUGUUGUCUCGACAUUACUUGAACAACUGAGUGAUGAUAAUGAAGUCUGCGUGGUCAAUGCGGUGCAGAAAGUCAGAACUAGAAGACCGCUCGCUAUUCCAAAUAAGGAACAGUUUUUCUUCUGCUACGAAUGUGUUCUCCAUUCCGUGAACGCAGCAGAUAACGCUGUGUAUUACAACAUAAGUGGAAAUAUCCAGAGGGAAUGAACGAUUCGACCAUCUCGGAACAAUGGCACACGUAGGGUUACCAUUGACACGAAGACAUGAAUAUACAUACAUUUACUAGGCAUAUGAUGAAAUAUUAAGUCAUGCUUUUCACAAGGUGAAGACAUGAUGACAAUUAUUUCAACGGCCUUUUAUUGCAUCACCUUUAUGCAGAACACGAGUAUUUCACCUGCCAAUAUAAACAUAAACAUUGCAUUGUAAAUCUCCUUGUAAUUAGUUGCAUGUUGUUAUGCUUGUUUUAAUUUUACCAUGGUGUAUACUCUUUAGUUUUUUUUUUAAUAAGUUGAAUAUUUGAACUUUUUUGAUAUAUUAGAUAAUUGAACUGUACAUAACUUUUAUUAUUAUUUUACUAUAGAUAUAAUUAUAUUCCAUUUUGUUUGCGUUGCCCUUAUACAUUUAGCUUUGAAUACACAUUAUAUUUGAAAUUUGAAUAACAAUGUCAUAACGAUUUAUUUUUUAAUAAUUUCUGUAAUAAAUCGAGCUUAAAAGUAUGAUUGUAGGUGUUAUAAGCGUUAAUAAGAGCACUUAUUUUUAAUUUUCGUAAGUGUUUUCUUUUUAAACAGGAAAUGUCUUUAGUUUUAUGAGCAGAUUGGCACGAAUUUUAUUUAUAUAUUUAGCAUUUUAUUAAACAUAUACACCUGCGUAUUUCUGGUGUGUAGUACUGUUGCUUAGCAUCUCAUAUAAAUUUGUAUAGAAGCCUUUUUUAUUUUUGGAAAAUAUAUUAUUCACCUGAUAUCCUUCAUUUUCAUAAAUUUGCAUUAGCCCAAAUCAUGAACUAGAAAUGAUUUGUAUAAUUAAAUAACCGAUAUAUAGACAGUCAUAGAUGACGCCAAAUAUAUAUCAUAUUCACUAGGGUUUUCUCAUAACUCUGACCAAAAUAAAGAAUAUCAGUUUUCUUUUCAUAUUUUUCCAAAAUGAAACGGGAACUAAUUAAUCAGAUUAAUAAACCUGAUCAUGACAAAGAAUGCCAUUCAAAUAAUAAAUUCACUGUUUGUGAGGUUUGGUUCUUAAUGUUCUUUUCAUAUUUAUUGUUGGUUCCCAACUUAAACGUGAACCAUUUAAUUUGAAAAAAAAAUCUGGUUUGGUUCCAUUUUUUUCUUCACCAUCUUAUUUGUUCGUGAAUUAAAACGGGAAUCAAUCCAUUGACCUUUUUCGGAAUCAAAUGUCUACUUGUUGUCAAAGUUAACUUGACA